AUAUAUAUAAAAGCACGUUGCGCCACCAUAAUGCCCUGCGUACCCUUAAUUUGCAUUCCUUUCUCUCAAAGAAACAAAACAUCCUUCCAUUCUUCCUAAACCCAAACUGGGAAAACUGAGAUUCAAAUGGAGUGGGUUCGCGGGGAUAGGAUUGGAUGUGGAAGUUUCGGCACUGUGAAUUUGGUGGCUCCUGGAAAAUAUUUUCCAAAGUCUCCUCUAAUGGCUGUUAAGUCUUGUGCAACCAUCGACUCUGUUUCUCUCAAGAACGAGAAGGAAGUGUUUGAUCGACUUGGUUUUUGCCCGCAAAUCAUCCGUUGCUUUGGUGACGAUUACACUGUUGAGAAUGGGGAGAAGGUUUAUAAUCUGUUCUUGGAGUACGCUCAUAAAGGAAGCUUGGCCGAUCAGGUCAAGAGAAAUGGUGGAAACUUGACGGAACCCGAUGUUCGAAGAUACGUUAGGUCCAUACUUAGAGGGCUAAGCUUCGUUCACGCCAAAGGGUUCGCUCACUGUGACAUUAAGCUUCAAAAUAUUCUUUUGUCUGGGAAUGGCGAUGUGAAGAUAGCUGAUUUUGGAUUAGCAAAGAGAAGAGGAGAAAAACAGGGGAGGAUGGAAAUCAGGGGAACUCCUUCGAAUAUUGCACCAGAGUCUGUUAAAGGAAACGAUUAUGAUUCAGCAGUGGAUAUAUGGGCACUUGGAUGCGCCAUUGUUGAGAUGUUUACUGGGAAACCAGCCUGGAAUUUCAAACCAGGAACCAACCUGGCUGCUUUGUUGAUUCGAAUUGGGGUUGGUGAUGAAUUGCCCGGAAUCCCUCAAGAGUUAUCGGAGGAAGGAAAAGAUUUUCUUGGAAAGUGCUUAGUUAAGGAUCCCGACAACAGAUGGACGGCUGAGAUGCUCCUCCAUCAUCCUUUCAUGGCUGGUGAAGAAGAAGAAUCAACGUCUCCAAAUUGUUAUUUUGAUGAACUUUCAGAAUCACCGAGAUGCCAUUUCGAAUUCCCAGACUGGGUUUCAACUCAAUCAACAGCUUCUUCUCAAUCGAUUUUCCAAGAAAAUUCAAGGAUCGGGUAUUCGUUUUCCAGUCAUAGUUUAUCAACUUCGGAUCGGAUUCGUGAAUUGGCUUGUGAUGAGGCACCCAGUUGGUUAGUUUCAGAGAGCUGGAUCACCGUGAGAAAAGUUGUUUAAUUAUCCUUAAUCAAAUAUGACGGCUUUGAUCCAAUUGGUGGCGAUCUUUAUUGUAAAUGAUUAGAGGAAGAAAACAUAGAUUUGACUGACAUUUUUUUUUAAUCUUUUUGCUGAUGAAGAAGAGUUGUGAUUGGCUACACAAAUAGCCAAAUACUUUGUAGAGGCCAUUCUUUAUUGAAACUUUGAAUAUUUUCAUAAAAUUAAACCCGAGUUAUUAAGAAUUUUAUCGGUAAA